AUGCUUCUGCUGGACAACAUGAAAGAGGUUUUGCUUGAGUCGCUUGAUGGCCAAUUUCCAGAAGGUCAGCGUGCCAAUACAUUGCUUGAGCUCAUGACUAUUAGGGCAUUUCACAGCAAGAUCUUGCGUUGUUACAGUCUUGGCACAGCAAUUGGUUUUCGAAUUCGACGUGGCGUUUUGACUAAUAUACCAGCAAUACUGGUGUUUGUAUCACGGAAAGUCCACAAGCAGUGGCUUAGUCCAAUCCAAUGUCUACCAACUGCUUUGGAGGGACCAGGAGGGGUGUGGUGUGAUGUGGAUGUAGUGGAAUUUUCAUAUUUUGGUGCUCCAGAGCCAGCGCCCAAGGAACAAUUAUACACUGAGAUUGUUGAUGACCUCAGUGGGAGUGAUCUAUGUCUUGGUUCAGGUUCUCAGGUUGCAAACCAAGAAAACUACGGGACCUUAGGUGCUAUAGUGAGGAGCCAAACAGGCAAUCGACAAGUUGGUUUCCUGACAAAUCGACAUGUUGCUGUUGAUUUAGAUUAUCCUAAUCAAAAGAUGUUUCAUCCUUUACCGCCAACACUUGGACCUGGUGUUUACCUUGGUGCAGUUGAAAGAGCAACUUCAUUCAUCAGAGAUGACCUCUGGUAUGGAAUAUUUGCUGGCAUAAAUCCAGAGACCUUUGUGAGAGCAGAUGGUGCCUUUAUCCCUUUCACUGAUGAUUUUGACAUGACUGCUGUAACUACAUCCGUGAAAGGGAUAGGAGAGAUUGGAAAUGUUAAAAAAAUUGACUUGCAAUCUCCAAUUGACAGUCUCAUUGGAAAGCAAGUAAUGAAAGUCGGAAGAAGUUCUGGUUUGACCACAGGAACUGUAUUGGCAUAUGCUCUUGAGUACAAUGAUGAAAAAGGGAUAUGCUUCUUGACUGAUUUUCUUGUCGUUGGCGAGAACCAACAAACUUUUGACCUUGAAGGAGAUAGUGGAAGUCUUAUCGUUUUGAAGGGUUUCGGAGAAAAGCCACGUCCAAUUGGGAUAAUCUGGGGUGGGACUGCAAAUAGGGGCCGGCUUAAACUGAAAGUUGGCCAGCCUCCAGAGAACUGGACUAGCGGAGUUGAUCUUGGGCGGCUGCUCAAUUUCCUUGAACUCGAUCUGAUCACUACAAAUGAAGGUCUGAAAGUUGCAGUUCAAGAACAGAGAACUGCUUCCAUGACAGUGGUUGGCUCUAACACUGGGGACUCCUCACCUCCGGAUGUAAUGCUUCCUAAGGAUAUAUCCGAGCCUUUGGGUCUUCAUAUACAACAUAUUCCCUUGGAAGAUGGUGCAGGUGGUCCGGAUAUAAACUCAUCGCCAGUGGAAACAACAUUUGAUUUGGAAGAAGGUGUAAACCUGGGUCCAAGUGUUGAACAUCAGUUCAUACCAAGCUUUAAUGGGCAGUCCAUAAUUCAUCGAGAUGAUCAACAAGAAAGACUGAUAUCUGGUAAUCUCUCUAUAUUGAGGAAUGCUUCUGAUGAAGACAUUCUAUUUUCCUUGCAACUGGGCGAAAACGAGCCCAAGAGGAGACGAUCAGAGCCUAUAAUACCGAGAGUGGAAGAACCAUGA